AUGACUGUUGUUCGCACACGCAAGUCUAUUUGUAAGCUUACCGACGCGGAGCUGGAUAAGCUGAUCCACGCAUUCCACGAAAUCCAGAAGAACAAACCGGGAGAGCCAGGUCAUCCUAAUCUCAAGUCUUUUCAAGUAAUCGCAGGCUUGCACGGUCAGCCCUUCCGAGGCGCGGGCUAUGGGAAUAGCGCCUGGUGGGGAGGUUAUUGCCAUCAUGGCAAUGUUCUGUUUCCCACGUGGCAUCGCGCAUAUCUCUUACACCUGGAGAGAGCGCUGCAAAGCGUAUCUGGCUGUGAGGAUGUCGCGCUCCCUUAUUGGGAUGAAAUGGAGGGCGACAACUCGACACAGAGGAUCCCUCCGAUCUUCUUACAACAAAAAUAUACGUUUCACAAUACAUUGGAGAAUUGUGGAACAACUACAAUUGACAACCCACUGUAUUCUUAUACAUUGCAACAAGGCUUCUUUGACAAGUUGGCGAGAUACAUUGAAGCUCCUAAAAAAGAGAAAAAGGGAGAUCAAUCGGAUCAAUCGAAGCAGGGAAAGUUGCAGGACUAUGGGAAGUACGCGGGCUAUAAGACUGUUCGCUGUCCAUAUUCCGGCCUUGUUGGAAAAGAUGAUCUGAAAGAUACAAUCGAACACAACUGGUUGAUCGACUCUAUGGGUAUGGGGUACGCGGAUAAGAUAUUGAACCGAAACAUCACUCGCUGGCAGGACGCCGCUGUGCGAUCUGAUUCAUAUGGAAAGCAUCAUGUGGAGGGAGCUCGUCAGGAAUAUCUACGAUGCUUGGAAGCCCCUAACUACACAGUUUUUUCGAAUACUACAUCGGCAGGCAAAUGGAACGACGAUAAAAUUAGUCAGGUGGGCCGCCCUGACUAUGAUAAACAUCACGUAACAGGGGAGUAUGUUGUUUCUUUGGAACGCCCUCACAAUUCCAUGCACCUAGCUGUUGGCGGCUACGAUUUCCCUAAUUUGCGUGAACCCUGUCCGGAAUUUCAAGGUGCCAAUGGUGAUAUGGGAGAGAAUGACUCGGCUGCAUUUGAUCCUAUCUUCUUUUUCCACCAUUGCUUCGUUGACCUCGUAUUCUGGAGCUGGCAAGAGCAACAUGGGAGGCAAAUAAAGGUCAUUCAAGAUUAUCCGGGAACAAGCUCCGUGGAUGACCAGGGACCCACUCCAAAAAUGGCCGCGGAUUCCGCCUUGGACGAAAAUACACCAUUAUAUCCAUUCCGCGAGAAUCCGAUCGAAGAGAAUGGGCGCUUUUUAACAUCCGUGGUGAGUGACAGCAAUUCCGUCCAUUUAGCGUCCGCAGAGAGCGUGAUAGCACUGGGUGUUUCGCGAUAA